UUGGCAACAUUCUGUCUACACCAAAUAUCAAUUCCGAUAUUGCGAAUUUGCGUAGGCGUAUUUUUUAUUAUGGAAUUGUUAAAUAUAUAAAGGAAAUUGUGAAUAUAUAAUCAUUGUAAAAAUUCCUCCUUUUAUUUAUUUAUAAAUUUGAAUUUUUGGGUGCGUUUUUUUUCAUUCAUUUCAAUAUGAUUGGAUGACAAAAUAAAUCAGUGUAAUGUAGGAACUCUAAACGAUAGAAAAUGUAGAAAAGCCCGUUGGAAAAAUGAGAAAUAUGUUGCGAUAGUGGCGGUGUUUAGUUAAAGUGUUAACAUGAAUUUGAUGCGCAAAUUGCGUGGUGCUUCCGCCUCCACAUCGGCGGAGCCCACAGAGGCAGCAAGUUCUCAUGUUCAGCUGGGUUUAAUGCACCUUAAAAAGUUAUUUGCUGAAUACACUCAUCCGGCACAACCGCUAACAGAAAAUGAAAAAGACGACAAGCUUUACAAUAUGCUUCCGCUCUUUUGUAAGGUAUUUGGUGCAAGUCCUUCAACUGACAUGAAUGAAAAGUUUUGGGAUAUACUUUCCUUCUGUCAGCAAGUAUCAAAACUUAUGGUGUCAGAGAUUCGCAAAAGAGCUAGUAACCAAAGUACAGAGGCAGCUAGCUGUGCUAUUGCUAAGUUUCUUGAAAUAGAAAACUCGGAAGAAUCAAGUAAUGGAUGGAUGCUUUUAUCCACCUUAAACUUGUUAGCAGCUGGUGAUCAAUCACUUAUUCAGGUGAUGACAACUGCAGCCAUACCAUCAACAUUAGUUAAAUGUUUAUAUUUGUUCUUUGAUUUACCUGAAAUACCUGAGUCAGAAGCUGAUGUUCAUGAUGAUAAUAGUGAAUUUACACCUCGGGAAAGAAGAAUUCUUUUACAGAAAAUUUUUGUUCAGGUUUUAGUAAGAUUAUGUAGUCAUCCAUUUCCAUGUGAGGAAUUAGCAAGGAAGGAUGAUUUGAGCCUUCUUUUUUCUGCAAUUACGUCCUGGUGUGCUCCCCAUAAUAUAAUGUGGAGGAAAUCUGCAGCAGAAGUAUUAAUGACAUUAUCUCGUCAUGGCUUAACACAAUCUGUAGUACAAUAUAUACAUAACAAAGGAUGUGUUGGUUUGUGUAUUGAAAAUAUGCAAAAAAUUCCAGAAUUGACCCCAUUAGAGGUUGUUGAAAUGUUUGUGGCAGUUUUCUGCUUUCUAAAAGAUUCCAGUGAAGUCAGUCAGUUAUUGUUGGAUGAUUUUAGAUCUUGUCAAGGAUAUCUUUUUCUAUCGGAAUUUCUUCUUAAACAUGAGAGACAAGAUGUACCUGAUUAUUUAACGUCAGGGUUGGAAGAAGAACGAGUCAGCGGCACAGAAGCUCGAGCGGCUCUAAGGAAUCUUGUGCUCAUGAUAUCGUCACUUUGUGCGUGUGGGUUUUCGGAAUUGCGACCAACCCGCGCUAAUACUGAACUAUUUCAGUUGCAAGGGUUUGUCUUACCGCAGCCGUCUACCCCAGGACAGGCAGUUAGAAAUGUUCAAGCAUUUCAGGUUUUGCAAUCUGUAUUCCUGAAGUCGAACUCUCCAGCAUUAUGUUGCACAAUUCUUGAUGCAAUAUCUAGCGUGUAUCACGCGGACAAUGCCAAUUACUUUAUAUUAGAAAACCAAAACACCCUCAGCCAAUUUUCGGAAAGAGUUCACACCAAAAACGCGGAGAUACAAGAGAAGUUUUUUGAGUUACUCGAAUUUAUUGUGUUUCAACUGAACUUUGUACCCUGCAAGGAAUUGAUAUCUCUGUCUUUAUUAUUGAAAGCAAAUAAGUCAAGAAGCUGUAGUAUAUUGUGUAUGAAGACAUUGUUGAAUAUUUUAAAACAUAAUGCACUAUUCAAAGAUGUAUACCGUGAGGUUGGCAUGUUAGAAGUAUUUGUGACAUGCUUAACACGAUAUGCAGUAUUUUUAAAAGACAAACAGAUACUAGAGGAAGAAAUGGAUAAGAAAGAAUCAGUUUCAAACGCAACUGAAUCUCCAAAAGCACCGGAGAGGAAAAAGCGUCAAUCACGACAAGACUCGUUGAUACAAGAUCCAAAUAUCGACAUUCAAGAAGAAGAAUUAGGCUCUCUAGUCAUGGAAGGUCUGACAGCUCUGUUGAAUGGAAAUGUGAAUAAUUGCAACGUGUUCAGAGAUUGCGGAGGCGCCAAGUGUGUACAUGGAAUGGUUGUUUAUGAAUCAUGUAGGACUAAAGCGUUAGGCGUGAUUCGAGAGUUAAUUGUGAGUGGUUCCGGCGAAGAAGACAUGUCCAUGUUGCUGUGUGGCAUGCACGCUGCACCCAAUGAUGCUUUCCGUUUAAAGCUCCAUAUUUUGAAAGCUUUGCUGGUUUGUCUAAGGGAUUCACAUCGCACCCGGACGAUAUUUAGAAAGGUCAGCGGUUUUGUCUACGUUACCAGCGUUCUUGUUUCCUUGGAAGGAAAAUUAAAAGGAGACAAAUUGAUGGACCGCGAUAUGUUACAACUAAUACACAUUGUCUUCUAUACUAUUAGUACGGCGAUGCGUUUCGAACCAGCUAAUGCGAAGUUUUUUCACCAUGAGAUCUGCAUGACGACAUUGUACGAAACAAUAAGACUCCUUGGUUGUUUUACAAAUGAUACAGAAUUACAGAACGACACAGAGUCUGGUGACCCGGAACUUUAUGAAGUCUUUCACGAAAUAUUUACUAGCAACAUAUUAGAAACAACUUUUCCAGAUAAAGUGCCUGUGGAAUUUAUUCAUGCUUGUAUUGUACUGAGAUUGCUGUAUGAUGUGGCCUUAGAUUCGUUUGACAAGCCUUUGUUUUUUGGAUCGCUCAAUGUGAAAUCACCGAGCUUAACGCGACAAAGUUCCGCAAUCAAUGAGGCGAAACCAGCGGGCCGAUCCACUCCCCUCAACCUGUCUAUAGGCGCACCGUCCACCGAGGCGUGGGUCAUCCACCCCGGAGUGGUGAUAGUGCUCGCCAAGCUGUUGCCAGCUUUACCGCGACCGCAAGAGCACGAGACCGAAGCUAGAGCGCUAAGGGACUACCUCGCGCACGUGUUAAAGAGCUUGGUUAGAAGUGAACGCAAUCAGCAAGUGAUGUGCGGUGGCGGGCUAGCAGGUGUAGUGCUAAGUGUAUGUAGUGCCGCCCUACGAGCGGAGAAACACCCAUUGCAUGCGCAAGCCAUGUACAUUCUGGAGCGACUUGCUGCACACGCGCUAAGGCCUACGGAACUCAGGGAGUUUUUAAGAAUGGGAAAUCCGCUUAAUUGUUUGGCACCAGAACCUGGCCAAGUUUGCAAACCGGGUGGACCUGUUCCACUCACUAGGAUCAAAACGUUGGUGUCUAUGACUACACCCAGAGAUUACAGAUCGCAGAAUUCAUGCACAUUACCCCCUUUCGUUGAGUUCGAUAUGUCAGCGGAAGGAUUCGGCUGUCUUUACCUCCCAAGUAUUGCGCCACAGUCUGCUAAUCUAAAUGCUCUCGGCUCUCAAGAUACUUCAACACUCGGUGGAAUAGGAUCAGGUGAUCGAGUAUUUCCACCACAAACAGGAUUAACAUAUUCCACGUGGAUAUGUGUUGAAAAAUAUUCAGAAGCUCGUACAGACCCGCAUUGCGUUAGACUGCUUACGCUAGUGCGAAAUAUCAAUAAUUCAAGAGAUGAUCAUCUUGUGUGCCUUGCUUUAGUGCUUUCAGCAAGAGAUAAGGCGAUUAUUGUCUCGACUCAGGAAACUUUAGUUCCGCAUAAUGUAGGUGAAUGGGAGCCGGAAGGUACGGGUGAGUGCGGCGCUCGUGUGUGGUGUCCAGACUUACAGCACGAGGGCCAGUGGCACCACUUAGCGCUAGUUCUCAACCGCGCUGUUCUUAAGAACUCAUCAUUUUCUCUAUAUCUGGAUGGCCAGCACAUGCACUCGGGCAAGCUGCACUACGUGAGCGCGAACCCGGGCGGCGGCGCGGCCACGCUGUCGGGCGCGUCCAGCGUGUACUGCGUGGUGGGCACGCCGCCGCACUGGCGCCGCUACUCGCGCCUGCUCUGGCGCCAGGGGCCCGCGCUGCUGCUCGAGGACGUUCUACCCGCUCAAACAAUAUCAGUCAUCUAUCAACUGGGACCGCACUACGUUGGGACGUUGCAAGCGCCAGUACCGCCCGGUCCAAACCAGGAACCUUUAGCGCCUUUAGUGGCCGAAGAAAAGGUUGUCUUUGGCAUUAAUGCAAGGGCCAUGUCGCAACUGACGCUAGCGAAAAUUCGUAAAGUGUACAGCAAAAAUGAUAAUAAGGCGAUAGCAAAGCAGUUGGGCAUGUCGUCCCACGAGAAUGCAACGCCGAUUAGAAUCCUCCACAAUUCGGCUGGACAUUUAAUGGGCCCGGCUAGAUGCUUGGGCGGUGUUGUUGUAGGGUAUCUUGGAGUCAGGGUGUUCUGUCCGAAACCGGCAGCUAUUAUGAUCGACACGGUUGGUGGAUGUUCAGUAUUAUUAGGUUUAAUAGCUAUGGCUCAAGAUGUAGAAUGUUUGUAUGCAGGCGUGAAGGCCUUAGUUUGUGUUGUGAGGUCAAAUAAAGCAGCUCAAGCCGAAAUGGACAGACGGAAAGGUUAUCAAACAUUGGCAAUGUUGUUGAAGAGGAAGAAACAACUGCUUAACUCGCACAUAUUACACCUUAUAUUCGGUCUAGUUGGUACUGUGGAUAGUCAGAAGGAAACGUCGUCAAUUCCCAAUUUAACUGCAUUUCAGGACCUUAUCUGUGACUUAGAUGUAUGGCUUGGUGCUCCCGCCGGCUUAAUAAAAUCGCUUUUGGAACAUUUGUUAGAAUUAGCGACAGAAACUGCUCACAGAACGCACAACUUACGCACAAUGAGAGAGCUACAAUUAGUACCUAAAUUACUUUACAUCGUGAACGAUAUUAAAGUUGGCUGCACAAAAAAUGUUCUCAUAAAUCUUUUGGCAGCUUUAUUGGGUGGUCAACCCCGACCCACUGAUUUACUCUGCCUUGGACAGUUUAUGGCAUUUACCUUACCCUUACCAUCCCAAACGGAACAAAAUAUUGUCACAAUAGAGAAUGACUUCGACAAAGAGAGUGAAGGGGAACAUAUAAUUCUCAGGAAUAAAUGUUUCUGCGUUUUACACGGAUUGCUGUUUACAACGCGUAAUUUGGUCAAUACGAUAGUCUGUGAGGAAAUAUCAAGAGUACUUGGGAUGGAUUGGCUUCUCAGUUUUAUGCAAGAAAAUGUCCAUCCGACUACAGUUCUAUGGGCGCUACGUAUUCUAGUCAUUUUGUGUUCUGGUCAAGGACAACAGUCUGCUAUAAUGCAAAGGUUUCGCGAGGGCGUCGGCAACGGCGGUUGGUUGCGGCACACGGAGCUGAUCGCGGGCGGGCAGCAGGCGGGCGUGGUGGUGUCGGCCGCCGUGCACUCGCACUCGCACCUGCACGCGCCCCUGCUCUACACCUCCGGCUUUACGCUGCUCGCCUGGUUAUCGCUAUUCCACCUUCAAAUCCCCGAGUUAUACUACCUUUUAUUCGGUCUAACACUCGGUCAGCCGAUGCGUCAGAUCGGUCCAGAGAAGACGGUCUCAGUGGAACGUGUAUGGGCCGCCGCUUGGGGAGCGGCUGCUCCUCAGAGACAGUCCUCGGCUGCACUGGCUGCCAGGAUCACGCUUUGUCCAGAAGCUGUGGUCAUCCUUCUGGCCACUGUGCGGUCAUUGGUGCAUGCUGAAGCUGGUUCCUUGCCGGAAUGGCUUGCGGAACAUCCUGUGGCUAUUAUACAGGUACUAUUUUCGCUGUACAAUACUUUACCGGAUUUCGUAACACUGAUGAUGACUGCUGAAGUUUUGACAGCGCUGGCGGCAAUACUCUUCCCACCUAAUCCAUCUGAUGAAAUUCAUAUGCCUAUUUGCGAAAGUGGGGAAAGCUCAGGCGCAUCGACACCCGGAUCUGAGAAGGAAGUGGUGCUUGUGAGUAACACGGCAGCGCUAACGCAUCAUCCCGCGAGACAAGCCGUUAUGGACUUUCUCAAGGUUAUCGUGCUCGAUUCGCUGCCACUAAACGUUACGGCUAAAGCUUCGCCUACCCCAUUUGCGUCUGACUCGGUGCCAUCGUCAAUGUUUUGUACGCCCUGUAGCCCCUGCUCUGCGCCAAGAUCAUACUUUUAUUGCGUUAUAGACCUAGUGCUUGAUGCGUCACCCGCGAACUCAACAAGCGAGCAGCAAACUGAAUUUCAAACGGAAGUUUUGACUACUCUCAUGGAAAACCUACUCAAUACAGAACUAUUUGGUUCCGAAUCGAAUAUAUCGAACGUUUGCUACUUGGCCGCAAGACUCGUUGACAAAUUGUGGCAAGGACAAUUGUCGAGAGAUCCUCAUGAGGUUUUCGAUUUCUUAGUGAAAUUGGUAACCCAAGCAAAGAAGAAGUCGCUUAUGGUCUCACUAGAGGGCUUACAUCACUGUUUGAAUAGAACAAUAUUAUUUCUUCUGUCUCGCUGUACUGACUCCAUUGCUGAUCAGAUGUCAGUCCUUGAAGCUUUACAUAAACUCACUACUAACAGAUUGCUUAUAUUUGGAGCUGGCAAUCACGAACUGGAGUUUAUUGGUUGCCUAACAUAUUGCCUCUUACAACUGAGCGCCAACAUGAAGAUAGCGCUGGAUUCCCAUAUGCGAACCACUUGGCAUGUGAAUCCCAGUGGAGACUUGGAAUCUAGAGACGAUAAAUUAACUGCCCAUCAAGGUCGAAAUCUAAUGGCCGGCGCAGCUCGUCGCGUGUGGGAGGAGCUUUACGCGUGUAAGAAACCGGCCAUAGAGGAAGUGUUUAAGGUGACACUCAGUGCGCCCGCGGCCGGCGCACGCGCACCCGACCUGGCUACCGUGCGCGAGCACUUGCACGACGCCGCACAUAAACUGUGGAUGACGUACAUUGAUACUGAGAGGAAGGCCGUCUAUCGUGUGCCCUGGGAACUCCAUAAUCAAAUUCAAUCGAAGAUUCAAAAAGUGACAGGUGGUUUGACGCGCUUGGCGUCUCGCACGAAAGUGAAGCGAGACGAUGCGGGGAAAUUGCGACCGAGGCUACCGAGACAUCACGCCUUGGCUUAUAUGCAAGACCAUGUACAACUUGUUAGACAAUCGUGGGUGCGGAGCGCCUUGUGCGCGGCGAACACGUGCGCGCACACGACGCGCUACGUGCAGGCGGAGUGGGCGGGCGCGUGGCGCGAGCUGACGCGCGAGCGCGCGCUGUGGGGCCCGCCGCGCGCCUCGCCGCUCGACAAGUGGGCGCUGCACUGCACCGAGGGGCCGUGCCGCAUGCGCAAGCAGCUGCGCCGCAACCUCGCCUUCUACGCGCACUACCCCUACGCGCCGCACCUGCACCGCGCCGAUCAUAAACAACUCAAGUACAAGGUGGCCCAGAGUCGUGACAGCAAAGAGUACUAUAGAGUGUACCAGCAGUGGCGCACGGGCAGCAGUGUUGGAGAAGCGGACAGUGUUGAUGCUUCAGAUGUGCAGACAUUCGACGAAGAAAUAACAAGCAAUAGGGAGACCUCAGUGGAAGUCGUCAAUGAGGAAGGUUCUCCAUCUGAUUUAGUUAGCAGUGGAGUUGUCAGCAGAGGCAAUAAUCAAUCCACAGAAGCAAACGAGGAUGGACCUGAUAAUGAAGAUGAAGAUGAACAACCUCCACCUCCCGAUAAUCAAACUCUGUUAAGGUUGCUCGAGCACCAUGAAAAGAUAACUCAUAUGUUCCGUUGCGCACGAAUCCAAGGUCUGGACACAACAGAAGGGCUACUGCUAUUCGGAAGAGAACAUUGCUACGUAAUUGAUGGAUUCACUUUGCUAAAGAACAGGGAAAUACGUGAUUUGGAUAGUUGUCCGGAUGAUUAUGAACCUAUCUUGCCAAGUCAAGGCAUACAACGGAGUAACCAGAGACAAUGCUCUAAGUUCUUAUAUGAAGAUAUAAGAGAAGUACACAAGCGGAGAUAUCUGUUGCAGCCGAUUGCGCUGGAAGUUUUCUCUAGCGAUGGCCGUAAUUACUUACUAGCAUUUCCACGAAAAAUACGGAAUAAGGUGUACAGCCGGUUCACCGCCCUGGCGACGGGCAUGGCGGACAGCGCGGCGGGCUCGGUGGCGGGCCAGAAGCGCGGCGUGGCCGUCGAGCAGCCCGCCGGCAUACUCGCCUCGCUCAUUGGCGACACGUCCGUCACGCAGCGCUGGCUGAGAGGCGAAAUAACCAACUUCCAAUACUUAAUGCAUUUGAACACACUUGCUGGUAGAUCAUACAAUGAUCUAAUGCAAUAUCCAGUGUUUCCGUGGAUUUUAGCCGAUUAUGACUCAUUAGAAUUGGAUUUGAACGAUCCGGCUACCUUUAGAGAUUUGAGUAAACCAAUGGGAGCUCAGAGUCCUGAGAGAUUGGAACAGUUCAGGAAAAGAUAUAAGGAAUGGGAUGAUCCACAUGGGGAAACGCCUCCCUACCAUUACGGCACUCAUUAUUCGUCUGCAAUGAUAGUCUGUUCCUAUCUUGUACGUAUGGAACCUUUUACGCAGCAUUUUUUGAGGCUACAAGGGGGACAUUUUGAUUUGGCUGAUAGAAUGUUCCAUUCUAUAAAAGAAGCAUGGAAUUCAGCAUCAAGGCACAACAUGGCGGAUGUCAAAGAAUUAAUCCCGGAAUUUUUCUACCUACCCGAAUUUUUGGUCAAUUCAAAUAAUUUCGAUUUGGGCUGCAAGCAGUCGGGCGUGGCGCUGGGCGACGUGGUGCUGCCGCCGUGGGCGAAGGGCGACCCGCGCGAGUUCAUCCGCCUGCACCGCGCCGCGCUCGAGUCGGAGCACGUGUCGCACCGCCUGCACCACUGGAUCGACCUCGUGUUCGGCCACAAGCAGCAGGGCCAGCCCGCCGUCGACGCGUGCAACGUCUUCCACCACCUCUUCUAUGAGGGCAACGUCGAUAUAUACAAUAUUGAUGAUCCCUUAAAGAAAAACGCAACUAUAGGCUUCAUUAACAACUUUGGCCAAAUACCGAAGCAAUUGUUUAAAAAAGCACAUCCAAGCAAGAAGAUGUCACAGCGUAGUUCCACGAUACUUGAUCCAAAUAGUAUAAUACAAUCUCAAGGCGUUAUUACACCGCCAGAAAAACUGUUUUUCCAUAAUUUGGAAAAUUUGAGGCCCUCACUGCAACCCGUAAAAGAGGUAAAAGGGCCAGUCGGACAAAUUCUCUACACUGAAAAGGCAAUUUUAGCCGUGGAACAGAACAAAGUGUUGAUGCCCCCCGCAUAUAAUAAGUAUGUGGCUUGGGGCUUCGCGGAUCAUUCCUUGCGUAUAGGAAACUAUGAUAACGAUAAGGCCGUGUUUGUGUGUGAGAGUGUCGCACAGGCGUGCGGCGAAAUCGUCACUUGUGUGUGUUUGUCUGAUAAGACGAUAGUCACGGCGGGAACUAGCACGGUCGUGACUAUAUGGCAGUACUGGGCGCGGCGUCGGCGUCUCACCGUCAAAACGUGUCUGUAUGGGCACGAAGAGGCGGUGACGUGCCUGGCCGCGAGCGCCGCCUACAACCUCGUGGUGAGCGGCAGCCGCGACGGGCUCGUCAUCGUGUGGGACGCGGAGGGCGGCACCUUUGUGAGGCAGCUGCUGCCGCCGCACUUUGCGCACGCGCCGCAACCGCUGCCGCCGGUUUCCGCGCUCGCUAUUGAUGAUCUUACCGGCGACAUAGCGACGUGCGCGGGCAGCUGGGUGCAGGCGUGGUCGAUCAACGGCGAGGCGCUGGGCGGCGCGGCGGCCGGCUCGGGCGAGCGCGCGCCGCAGCUGCUGUGCGUCGCCUUCAGCCAGGCGCGCGACUGGGACCCGCUCAGCGUCAUCGUCACCGGCUCCUCGGACGGCGUUGUGAGGAUGUGGUCCAUAGAAUAUGUACCCAAGACUGAAGAGGAAGCUCACAGUUCAGAAGCUGACAGUUUCGAUGUUGCGUCCGGCUCCGUGGAUACGGAGAAACAAACAGAACAAAAACUUUCAGUGCAAGAGAGCGAAUAUACAAAAACGGAAAGUGAAAUUAAAUCCGAAAGCGAUGUGAGGACUGAGUCAAAUGAAAGGCAGGCAGCUAUUAAACGAGUUGAAGAGUUAGUUAAGCAAAUGAGUUUAUCACAAGAAAAUGAGGGUAACCUCGCUAAAUCGGGUUCAGAAAGUUCGCUUUCUGAUAUAGGAGAGACUACAAGUGCUAAAGAAUCAUCUCGCAAACACGAUGAUAAGGACACCUGCAGUGAUAAUGAACAAUUCCCGGAUAAAAAUGAAGUUGAUUCCUGUGAAGAGAUAAAGAAUUAUGAUGUAGAUUCGGAUGAAAAAGACUAUGACAAUGAAAAAGGCUUGGAUAAAGAGAGUCAUGCGCAAAGAAAUAAAUUGCAGAAGCAAGAGCAUGUUGUGUUACGUCAUAAAUCUAAGGGCAAUCCGAUGUUCCGUAAAAGUGGUGGCAGCAUAGCUGGAUCCAGUGAAGUGGGUUCAAGUGGAGAAGGUGACGCACUACGGAACAGCAAGUCUGAUACAAGCCUCACUGACUCUUUUGUGGUUCUCGAACACGCUAAAGAGGAGACGCCGCAAGUCAAGAAUGAUACUAGCAAAGAGGAGGCGGUGGUGCGUUGGUCGCGGCGGCUGGUGGUGCGCGGCAAGCUGACGAUGCACACGGCGUACGAGCGGCGCGACAACCUGUCGCCCGCCGCCGUCACCGCCGUCGCCGCCGCGCGCUCCGGCAAGGGGCUCGCCGUGGGCGACGCGCGCGGCCGGAUAUUCCGUUGGUCCGCACCGGACAUGUCGAGUGCGGCGGGCGCUCGUGGUGGGCCCGCGGAUCACUGGAUACGGGAUGACACGGCGCCCUUCUGUACUCAAUGCCAGGUGCGUUUCACGGCGCUGGAGCGGCGGCACCACUGCCGCGAGUGCGGCGCCGUGUUCUGCGGCCGCUGCUCGCGCUACGAGGCGCCCGUGCGCCGCCUGCGCGCGCUGCGCCCCGUGCGCGUCUGCCAGCGCUGCCACCAGCUGCUGCAGCCCAACAAGGAGUAGAGCGCCGCCGCCGCGACCUACGCCGGAACGCGCUACACCACACUGUAGCACGCUACGCCAUAGCACGCUAGUGUGCCAGUUGGUAACACGCUACACCGCUACAUAUUACAUUACACCACAGUACUCACACGACACUAUCUAUUGAGAACUAUAACAUACCGCUCCAUACUACACUAGGUCGCAACACACCAUACCUUAACACUCUACAUUAGGACACUAUGCCACGACACAUUUCACAGUUGUCAACACUACACCCACAAGUGUGGCCACAAUGUGGCCUGAGUACACUACACUUCAGCAAGACAUAUUAUACUAAACGCUAACCACAAGAUUCGGUACCACACAACCUACUGUGAAACAGGAAUCACUAUGUCGCUCGUCACUAAAUCAACAUACAUUGUAGUAGCAACAUUUAAAUUUUGAUAUCUAAACCAACCAGUUUAAGGAUUUGGCUUCCGUUAUAUUUACCUUACCGCCGGCGUUACUUAUAUGGCGCUAAGAUUGUGCACGCGUUUUAAUUACGCGUUCCGGAGUUAUCCUAUGUCCAACUGCGAGAGAGAAAAAGUAGAUAUCAUAAUAAAUAUUUCACAUCUAGUCAUUUUAACAAAACGCAACAAAAACAAGGUGUGUAAUAAAUAGACCACCAAAGUUCAAAGAGCCGAUAAAUUAGACAAAGUUAUUAAGAAAUUGCUCAUCAUAUUGCAAUGUUUACUUAGCCAUUGUAUUUGACAAUGUUCACUGUUGAGCAAUUAAAUGAAAAUAUACGUAAAUUUAUGAUACUACGGCCUUAGAGCAGCUAUCAAUUUAUGUAAAAGAAAUUGAACUAAACCUGACUGAACUGGCAUUAUCUCGAACUUGACUCAAAACUAAUAUAUAGCAUCUGCUUUGAGUAUGUCUAGCUAAAUAAACAUUAUCAAAAGCGCGCAAAACACGCACUUGUUUUUGUAUUAUAUACCUACAUCAUUAUAAUGUCAAAGAGUAAUUAAGAUAUUUAAUACUAAUAAAAAUAAUUGCCUUAGCGUUUUACUAACAAACAAAUAUAUAUGUUUAUAGCCAACGUAGAAGUGUGAAUCUAUAACAUGCUUGGGAAAAAAAAAGACAGAGGCAACUGAGUCCUCGGUUAUUGUAAGUAAAGAAAAUAUUAUCUUGUCCUAAAAAUAUAUUACAUAAGGCACGCUGUCAAAUUCUAACCUAAAACUAUAUAAAUAGUAGCAUUGUGUUAGAGCGAUCUAAGUUCAUCGCCACGUCUAGUACAAAAUGGAACAGAGCAGUAUUGCGAUUUAUUAAAAUUAUAUGGAAAAAAAAAUACGGUAGAUGAAUUCUUAUUAAUUUCUUCGUACAAUACAAUGAGACCUAUUCAUUAAAGUGGUAUAUUUUGAAAAAAUAAUAACUGCUUAUUUUUUAUUUUUUUGCAUUGUGGUACAAUAAUUUUACUGAAUGUAAUUUGGUGUGUCAAAUAUUUCCUUUAGUCUUCAAAAUGAAAAAAAAAAGUGUAAUUAUUAAAUCAAUUUACCAAUAUAUUACAUACUUUAUGAGGUAUCUAUUUUAAUUCUGCUGCAAAUAAAAUAUAAUGCAGUAUAUUACAGAGAUAUGCAUAUUUUGAUGAUUAAAAUUAGUAUAAUGAAAAACAUCGAAUAAGUAUAACAAUUUUUAAGUUAAGCUUUUGAAUCCUGUUUAUGACCUUAGCCUUUAAACAUUAUCAUAACAACAAUAUAUUAUUCAAUGCACAUGAUUAAGUAUGAUAAAUUAAAUGGGUCAAAUUUAUAUAAGUAGCCAAUAUUAUAUCAUGAGUCAGUGUUUAUAAUUUUAUUUUAUAGUGACUCAUUUUUUUAAUUUCUGGAUGGAAGCUGAAUACAUAUAAUUGUGUUUUACGUUAGAUUGUUUAUUGAUAGCCUUACAUAAUCCUAUUUUAUUUUCUUUAGUAUUCAUUAAAAUUUAAUAAAAAGUGAAUUACAGUAAUAAACAAUGCUUCCAUGAAAAUCAAGAUGAUGAGGAUAUAUACUGAGAAGUCAUUUCUUACAUUUUGAAUUACGAGGCAGGCUUUAUAUUUAAAUUUUACCCUUUAAUUGAAAACAAAAUAAUUUAUCCUCAAUGGGGACACCUCCACUGUUAUAUUUCAUUAAAUAUACCUGAAAGCUUUCAGCAAGAUUUCAAAUAAAAAUUGUGUAAAUCAGUAUUACUUUGUAUGAAUAAUAAAUAAUAAUCAUUUGAUAUAAAUAUAUUUUAGAUCUCAUUCUUUAUAAUGUAAGAAAACAUAAUAUUAUGUCAUAUUAAAGUAGUGUUUAUGUUUUAUGAAGAAUAAUUUUAUAUGUGUUUAUAAUGAAACGUCGUAAAGUAGGAUUAUGUUACUUUAAUCUCGUUAUUGUGAUAUUUGCACCGGUUUGUUUGCUUUCUGUUGCAACGGUGUGCACUCUGCAGUGUGUCGGUAUCUAUCGCUGUUGUGUAUGUUAGUGCUAGUCAUCAUUUUUGCUUAUACAAUUAUAUAUAAAAAUAUACAUUUUUAUUUUGAGUGUGAUGUUCCCUCGCGGUAAAGUGUAAAAAGAAUAUAAUAUACCUAAGAAAUUAUUAGUAUUUUGAUAUUAUAUCGAUAUGACAUUUUAUAACUUAUUGGAAUAUCGUUUUAUUAUUCGAUAGCAUAAAUCACGUUAUGCAUUUUAGUUUACAUUCCUAGUCGCGUAUAUGGAUUUUUGGAUUUAUAUGAUUUUUUAUUUGUGUUUGCUACCGGUUUAUUUAACUCUUAACAAUGUGAUGUUAUAUAUUUUUUAAUUGUUUUAUACUGUAAUUUGGCAUUUAUUUUGUAAUCAAUUGUUACUUUGUUUUGAAAUAAAAUAUAAAUUAAGAAGAAAUAUUUAUAAUCCAAAACAUUAUCUGUACAAUAAUUAAGCGCUUUGAAUGAAAACAUGUUCUAAUAUAAAAUUAAUUAUUAUUUGUAGUAUUGCUGUAAUUGACUAUGAAGUUUUUUGUGUAAUAUAAGUGAAUGUCUAUUUUAUUCAUAAUAUAACAUGUUACCUUUAUCAUCCAAGGAUGAAAUGAAAUUCAUUAUCACAAUAUGAGACGCAAAAUGUAUCAUUAUAUUGCAUGUUUGUAUGAAAUUGGCCCUAAAUGUAUAAAUAAUAAAUUACAGACAAUAGUUACGUUGUUUAGGUAGUUUGUAGGCACCUAAAGUUUAUGCCGUUGAUUAAUGUAUUCAUGUAUAAAUAAAGUACUGCAAAAGA